AUGUCUGACAAAGCGCAAGAUCAGCAUGGCAAGCCUAUGCCAGGUUCAGCUUCUACCUCGCCCAUUAAGGAAGCGACUAGCACGUCAGCUUCUUCGAACACUUCAUCUCCAGCAUCAUCUCCAGGUCGGCAGGACAAGCCACCCAGCAUACUGGACAGGAUUUUCACAUCCAAGAGCAAGGGAGUGAAAGAUCUAGUUCUUCGAGACAUAAAAAUUCGGACAGAAUCGGACAAUAAGACUAGGAAACAAGCCGAAGAGCACGCACGCAAAGCUCAAGGAGCUGCGGAGGACAAGGCUAGUGAGAAGAAACACAGAGCUAGCAAAGACAAUGCACAACAAUACAGCGACGAUAAGAAGUCGAAGAAGGCAGAGGAAAAGAAAACAAAGCAACAAUAUGAUAGUGGCGUAUUCUGGGGCUUCGAUCCAAAUGCAGGUAGGCUUCGCUCAGAGAGCAGAAACUCAACCACCGGGAAGGUUGGGGCUGGCUUGGAUAAGUCAUUGCUACAGCCUUCGGAAAUCUUGAACCCAAGGCCUGUUCGUGGAGAGACAUGGGGCGUGCAUCAUGGCAAACCUGAUAAGCACGACCGUUUUGGAGUUGCCAUCCAUCUGGAGGACGAGGCCGGUAUUGGGAGCUCUUGCUGA